AUGCGUCUCUUCACCUCGAAAGACCCGGAGAGCGUGGACCAGAAUGAGGAGAAGAAGUUCGAGAUGAUGAAAGAGGGAGAGGGAGGCGCAGAAGCUGGGCCAGCUGCACGGGUGGAAGACGAGAUUGACCCGGUGAUCGAGAAGCGCGUGCGACGGAAAUUGGAUACCCACAUCGUUCCUUUGCUAUCGGCAUUGUAUCUGCUGGCAUUCCUCGACCGGUCAAAUAUUGGCAACGCGCGAAUUGCGGGCAUGGAAGAAGACCUCGAUCUGAGUAGUUCGCAGUACCAGUGGCUACUUACCAUAUUCUAUAUUUCGUACAUCGUCUUCGGAUUCCUCGCGAUCAUGUGGAAAGUCGUACCACCGCAUAUUUGGGCCGCGGGCUGCGUCUUCGUCUGGGGCCUCGUUUCGACCGUACAAGCUGCGACAACUUCAUGGGGAGGGAUGAUGGCACUGCGGUUCCUCAUGGGAGCUGCAGAGAUAGCAUAUGGGCCAGGCGUGCCAUUUCUGCUUUCAUUCUUCUACCUGAGGCAUGAACUUGGGCUUAGGUGUGGGUUGUUCCUAUCGGCUGCGCCGCUAGCCAACACGUUCGCAGGUGCUCUAGCGUAUGGAAUUACGAGCGGUAAUCCUGGAAUGGCGAAAUGGCGCGUAUUGUUCUUGGUAGAAGGCUUACCUACAGUCGUUAUGGCUGCUGUUGCCUUCUUCUUCCUACCAGACAGUCCGGAAAAGGCGAAGUUCCUGAACGAAGAGGAAAAGGCGGUUGCAAGAGCUCGUGGUGUGGCACAGGCUGGCGCUGGAACAAGAAUUGGAGCUAUCAACUGGAAAGAGAUGUUGGAGGGACUGAUGGAUCUAAAAGGCUGGAUACUCGGUCUCAUGUACUUCUCCGGGAACGUUGCAUUCUCGUCAUUGCCGGUGUUCCUUCCCACGAUCCUCAACGAAAUGGGCUUCUCGAAGGUCAAUGCGCAGGGCCUCACAGCACCGCCAUUCUUCUUGUCCUUCCUCACAGUAAUCGCCACAUGCUACAUCGCAGAUCGGACGCAACAGCGAGGUAUCAUGAUCGCUAUCCUCACGGCCAUUGGAGGGAUUGGCUAUGUCAUCCUGGCAACCACGAAGAGCGUAGGAGCGAGAUAUUUCGGAGUUUUUCUGGCUGCUGCUGGUAUUUUCCCAGCUAUAGGCAAUGUACUGCCUUGGGUCACGAACAACCAAGGCAGCGAUACUCGGAGGGGUACAGGAAUAGUUAUUUUGAACUUGAUUGGCCAAUGCGGACCUCUGCUGGGGACCCGAUUGUAUCCCACAUCAGAAGGCCCAUUGUACGUCAAGGGCCAAUCUGUAUGUGCUGGGUUCAUGUUUCUGUUCUGCCUGUUAUCUCUUUUGCUGAGAACAAAUCUCGCGUGGGAGAACAAGAAGUUGGAUCGCAAGUACGGGACAUUGGCGCAGCAAAGGGAAACCGGUGGGAGCAAGAGGGAACUAGGCGAAAACUAUGGCCCAAGAUUUCGCUACGUUCUGUAG